UGUCUUAAUUCUACUUUUGUGCAACAGGCCCCAGGUAGGUGUUUACAGUAGGCCUUCAGCAGAACAAUCAACUAUAACCAGGACUAAUUAUAUAUAGAUAUUCUGAAAAUCCUACCAACCCAACACCAGAUCAAUGUGCCCAGACCAUUACUGACAAAUGAUGAACAAUCCAACCACUGUUUGACCUGUUGGUAUAGUUUCAGUGCCAGAACAAAACAAGGUAAUGUCGACAACACCCAAAGAUACACCUGACAGUUUCCUCGUGAUGUAGUCUACAAAAUAUUGACAAAAGCCACCCUUCAACUCGGACCCACUGAGUGAUACACAGGUGAAAACAAAAGCUUCACAAUCACCUCUGAAAAGCUAGGAUGGGGAAUGACAACAUGACAUAGCAGAGAAGUAAACAGAUUUUCUAUCUGCAUCCGUUUCAACACAUAGGAAAAUGUUAAUCACAGCCUGGCUGGUCAUGCCCUCUGCUUGGCGGCGUGUGUGUUAUAAAUCACCUCAACAUGACGGCCACUGACGACAACUGCAGCACAUACCUAGAAAUAUGGCACAGCCAUGGCUGAACGUUAGCCUACAUCCAGAGAGAAGUAACUUUACAUAAUCUAACAAUAAUUAUUGUAUCCAUAGCCUAAGGUUACGCUAUAACACGACCGUCCUUCUUAUUGGAUUUAUAAACCUGAAGGCUUGUUUGUAUUUUCUGUAUAGAACGAAGAACGGGUGCCUUUGGGACCGUACUAUCUGGGAUCGUUGGGACGUCCUACCUCAUUGCAGUCGACAUGGUUAAGGUUAUGCGUUAAGGUAAUGCGUUAAAGUAAUGCAUUAAGGUAAUGUGUUAAGGAAAUGGUACGGACGGCCCAAGGAUCACAAAUAGCAGUGACCAUAGCCGGAGAGGGCACACGGUUUCGGGAGCCAUUACUUUUGACGUAACUAGCUCGUUAACCGGCUGUUUUAACUCAGACUGCGGUAGCAGCGGGGUGUAAAAGACGGAAGUAAAUGACCGACAGUGACCUCCUGGCCAAAACGUGUUGAGGCGGAUAGGUCUUUACACCUUUUGUCAACUAAAUAAAAGGCGCACAUUAUUGGUACUAAGAGCGAAGCAAUAUUUUAUACUCGAGCAAUUUCGUUAAAAAAAUAUAUAAUUAAGGAGGGUGCGCAGGGUUGUAUUUUAUCGUACGAGCUAGAUAGAGACAGCAGCUCUUUGUCUCGUUUCGGUUAGUUUAGUUAAUUUAGUCUGAUAUCUUAAGUAGCUAGACAACUGCGACAAUGGAUAAAGCAAAAUCAAUUAUAGGGAAAAAAGGGUCAGGAUCUUGUCAUGCCAACGGACUUCAGAGGGAGUUUCAUUCCCAGGCUAACAUCGGUGGCUGUAACGCUUACAAAUCAAGUGGAAACUGUAGUGGUGACAGUAGCAAUAUUGAACACUUCAAUCACCUGCAGCCCGAUCACGUCGAAGCCAAUGGGUCAUCUCCUGCGAAAAGAUGCCGGUUACGAAGAAGAGUUGAGUCGGUGAAGAGAAACAGACCACCCUUCCCCUGGUUUGGGAUGGACAUCGGCGGUACUCUGGUGAAGCUGGUCUACUUCGAGCCUAAGGACAUCACGGCGGAGGAGGAACAGGAAGAGGUGGAAAACCUGAAGAGCAUCCGCCGCUACUUGACCUCCAACACGGCGUACGGGAAGACGGGCGUCCGAGACGUCCACCUGGAACUGAAGAACCUGACCAUGUGUGGCCGGACGGGCAACCUGCAUUUCAUCCGCUUCCCCACGCAGGCCAUGCAUCGCUUCAUCCAGAUGGGCAGCGACAAGAACUUCUCCAGCCUUCACACCACGCUCUGCGCCACGGGCGGAGGGGCCUACAAGUUCGAGAACGACUUCAGAACGAUGGCUGAUUUAGAGCUGUUGAAGCUGGACGAGCUUGAUUGUCUGAUUCACGGCCUGCUCUAUGUGGACUCCGUGAGCUUCAACGGCCACCCUCAGUGUUACUACUUGGAGAACCCGUCAGACACCCAGAACAGUGUGAAGACACCGUGCAGUCUGGCCGACCCAUUCCCUAUGCUGCUGGUCAACAUUGGAUCUGGGGUUAGCAUCCUGGCUGUGUACUCCAAAGACGACUACAAACGGGUCACCGGCACCAGUCUUGGUGGGGGUACGUUCCUGGGCCUGUGCUGCCUGCUGACUGGGUGUGAGACAUUUGAAGAGGCUCUGGAUAUGGCUAGCAGAGGCGACAGCCGCAAUGUGGACAAGCUGGUGAGGGAUAUCUACGGAGGAGACUAUGAGCGUUUCAGCCUCCAAGGAUCUGCUGUAGCCUCCAGCUUUGGCCACAUGAUGAGUAAACAGAAACGAGACUCCAUCAGCAAAGAGGACCUGGCCCGGGCUAUGCUGGUCACCAUCACCAAUAACAUCGGUUCCAUUGCACGCAUGUGUGCCGUCAACGAGAAAAUCGAGAGAGUUGUGUUUGUUGGGAAUUUCUUACGGAUCAACACCGUGUCUACUAAGCUGCUGGCCUACGCCAUGGACUUCUGGUCCAAGGGACAACUGAAGGCCCUGUUCCUAGAACACGAGGGAUAUUUUGGCGCAGUUGGGGCAUUCCUGGAGCUGCUAAAGUCGUCUGAGGAGCCAUGAUGAUAUGCCAAUGUCAUCCCUCAAGAAGCUGCCGAGAAGCCGCCACAGGAAACUGGAAAAGCCAUUUAAUAAUUUAACUCUAAAUAUCUUUGAACUAUUUUCUCUAAAAUCCCCUCAAAUAGAGGUUUUAUUAAUAAAGAUAAUGUAAUGUCUCAUGUCAUGAACCCUGUGUGGCAGGUAAUUGCUAAGGGUCACAGAGACUGUGUUAGUUUCUUGGUACUGUGUGUAAAUAUCUAUUCUCGUAGUUCUAGAGUGCACUAAAGCCAAAACCUGCUGAGAUUUUACAUGUGUGACAGGAGUCUGCAGUCUUCGGUAUAGAGGACAGGGUGUUUCUCUCAACAUAUGAAUAUUGCCUUGUCUGCUGCUGUUCUGUCCAUCAUUGUGAAAAAGGGGGGGGGGGGGGGUGGUGGUGGUGUGUGUGUGGCAGGUAAUUGCUAAGGGUCACAGAGACUGUGUUACUUUCUUGGUACUGUGUGUAAAUAUCUAUUCUCGUAGUUCUAGAGUGCACUAAAGCCAAAACCUGCUGAGAUUUUACCUGUGUGACAGGAGUCUGCAGUCUUCGGUAUAGAGGACAGGGUGUUUCUCUCAACAUAUGAAUAUUGCCUUGUCUGCUGCUGUUCUGUCCAUCAUUGUGAAAAAGGGGGGGGGGGUGGUGGUGUGUGUAAGUUCUAUUUGUAUCAAAUGAAGGGACCAAAGAGGCUGAUUCAUCAUAAUUGACUGUCCCUUUUAAUUCAGCAUGUCACAACGAGGGUCCACUCUCCUGUUGCUUGUGUCACAUUCAUCAUAGGUUUAUUAACACAUCACGGUUAACAGAUAUGUCGUGUUUAUAAACUCUUGGUUCACCAGCCUCCAAACUCUCUAGUCUCUUUUUUAGUGAUGACGUUAUGUUGGUACGUCUGUCAGGUUAAGAUAUUAUGUUAUGAAUCUUGAUACUUUGGUUAUUUUGAGAUGCUGCACUACGAGUCCAGUAGAAGUAUCCACUUCUGUUUGUUGCACACUUGCCUACCUAAUAAAGUGUUUGUUGCACACUUGCCUACCUAA